GAAGCAGGCCCUAUGGGGGGACAGGUGGACAAGCGCUCUGGUAGCCUCAGAGGCCAGGACCCUCUCCAAUGCGAGGCACAAUGUGUGCUUCAUGCAUGGAGACCAGAGCUGACCUGCAGAGACAAGUCAGAUUUCUGCAGGUUGAGGGAGAAAGAAGGGCAUCCCCAACAGUGGGAAUGGUGUAAAGUAGCUCAGAGGCUUCCUGAAAGCCAGGAGGACCCUCAGAGACCACCUAGCCCAGUGAUUCUCAAAGUGUGGUCCCUUGGCCAACAGCAGCAGCAUCACUCAGACUUAAUGAGUUAGAAACUCUGGAGAUAGAGCCCAGAAAUCUGUGUUUUAACAAACUUUCCAAGCGAUUCUAAGACUUGAGGACCUUUGAUCCAGCCCAUUGCUUCCCAGACUAUGCUGGUAGAAUACUUAUUUGCAGGAGGUUAAUGGGUGCUCUGUAAAAGGAGGACCUAAGGUCAAAUAAGUUUGGGAAUUACAUACUCUACACUGCUUUCAGAAAGCCCCAAAUCACAGUGGGGCAUUAAAGGCUCUGAGAAGUCCUGCAGUAUAUUAUUUACUUUUGAUUAACCCAACGUUGUUUCAAAUUGAUUUUUCAGAUUGCCUACUAACAUUUCCAUUAAAACUCUUAGGGAAAUUCUGAUCCACAUCAAUCCUCAUUUUUCACAUGGAUAAAUCGCAGCCUAGAAGAAUGGGGACUGCCCAAAGUCACAGAGAGAGUGUGUCAGAGCUGGAAAAGACCCUAGCAAUAUACCUCAUCCCUAAAGAGACUCUGUGGGCUCCCCGCCACCCUGCACCCUCUUUCCCUGCCUCCCAGCUGUGCCCUCCAGGGCCCUGCAGUAUGGAGCUGGUCAACAGGACAGAGGUCUCUGAGUUCUUUCUGAAAGGAUUUUCGGGCUACCCAGCCUUGGAGCACCUGCUCUUCCCUCUGUGCUCAGCCACGUACCUGGUGACCCUGCUGGGGAAUACAGCCAUCGCGGCAGUGAGCGUGCUGGACAUCCACCUGCACACGCCCAUGUACUUCUUCCUGGGCAACCUCUCCAUCCUGGAUAUCUGCUACACCACCUUUGUGCCCCUGAUGCUGGUCCACCUCCUGUCGGCCCAGAAGACCAUCUCCUUUCUUGGUUGCGCGAUGCAGAUGUGUCUGAGCCUGUCCACGGGCUCCACAGAGUCUCUGCUGCUCGCCAUCAUGGCCUAUGAUCGCUACCUGGCCAACUGCCGGCCACUCAUGCUGAUGAGCCACUGGCUCCACUUGCUGCUGGCGGGAGCCGCCUGGGUACUCUGCUUCUUCAAGUCAGUGACUGAGACAGUCAUCACCAUGAGGCUGCCCUUCUGUGGCCACCGUGUGGUCAGUCACUUCACCUGCGAAAUCCUGGCAGUGCUGAAGCUGGCGUGCGGUGAUACGUCAGUCAACGAGGUCUUCCUGUGGGUGGAUGCCAUCCUGCUGCUGCCCGUGCCCCUGGCGUUCAUCUGCCUGUCCUACAUGCUUAUCCUGGCCACCAUCCUGAGGGUGCCCUCAACCGCUGGACGCCACAAAGCCUUCUCCACCUGCUCGGCGCACCUGGCUGUGGUGCUGCUUUUCUAUGGCACCGUCAUCUUCAUGUACAUGAAACCCAGGAGCAAGGAGGCCCGCAUCUCUGAUGCGGCCUCCACGGUCCUCUAUGCUGUGGUCAUGCCCAUGCUGAACCCCGUCAUCUACAGCCUGAGGAACGAGGAAGUGACGGAGGCCGCCAGGAAGGUGUGGGACAGGAGAUGGACCUCCAGGUGAGGGAGGCCGGGGCUCUGCAGGCUAGCAGGCCAGGCCUUCAUUAGCCUACAGUGAGGGCUGCGGGUCUGGAAUCUCCAGCCCAGAAACGCAGCACCAAGUCCCACUGAUCCUGCCACAGAGGAGCUCACAAUCACCCCUGUGCUCCUCCCCCCGGCAGACCCAUGGGGCGCUCUCAGCAUCACUGCCUGCAUCUUUACACCAGCCUCCUGUCUGGCCUUAGGAUUUCAGUCUUGUUCCUCCCAGUCUCUCCUCGAAGGGGCAUCCAGAGGGAUCUUUUUGAAAAGUACAU